AUGCCGCGUGCCGCCGCCGACGUCCAUGGCGACAUCAGCUACGGCAACGUGCCUCUUGCGUCAAGCGAGUCCGACGGCAAGUCAUUCUUCGGAGCGCUGAAUGCUUCUAAGGACAUUAGGGGCCAAAUCCCGACCGAGGACCUCCGACCGCAGCAUCGGAGUUUGCUUGGUCGUUUUCCUCACAACUUCUACCGUGAACCCAACGCCAUCAUCCCGGCAGUAACGGCUGCGAACGUUGAUCUGACCAAUUCAGACGGUCUCAAACUUGCCCGAGAGAUCGACCCGCUCCGCGGCCUCGCUUUCGCGCCGUUGGAUUGCGAUGGUGCACGUCCACCUUGUGUGCUUGCAGAACUUCCGGCCCGAUGCAAAGCUGUGCUCGCUCAAAUACAUACGCCAGCGUCCGUCGGUGUCAACGUCGGUGAAAUCGGCAAAGUCCUUCUUGCGAAAGUCAUCGCUGAAUGA